AUGGCGGAACUUACCAUCACCGGAGCUGAAGGCCGAAAGAUCACUUUGCCUACCGGCCUCUUCAUCAACAACACCUUCGAGCCCGCAACCGAUAACAAAACCAUUACCAUCGAAAACCCCAGCACCGGCACCCCCAUUGGCGACGUAUCAUCCGCGCAAGCAGCCGACGUCGACCGCGCAGUCGCUGCCUCCAAGAAAGCCUUUUCCACCUGGAAGACCACCGCGCCGGCCGAGCGAAGACAACUGCUGUUGAAACUCGCCGAUCUGAUUGAGCAAAAUGCCAGCGACUUUGCUUCCAUUGAAGCGGUUGACGCGGGCUUGCUGUAUAAUCUCUCGCUGGGAUUGAGUGUAGCCCAGGCCACCGAGACGCUUCGCUAUUUCGCAGGUUGGGCGGAUAAACUCGAUGGACAAUCUAUGGGGUAUGAUAGUGGUAUUGCCCUUACCAAGAGAGAGCCUAUUGGUGUUUGUGCGGCUGUUGUUCCCUGGAAUACACCUCUUAUGAUCACCUCCUGGAAGAUCGCGCCUUGUUUGGCCGCUGGUAACACCCUCAUCAUUAAAACCCCAGAGCUUGCUCCUCUUUACGGCCAAAGACUAGCCCAACUCAUCGUCGAAGCUGGUUUCCCACCUGGCGUCGUCAGUAUUCUCUGUGGUCUUGGUAAUGAAGCCGGCCAAGCCAUUGCCGACCAUGCCGAGAUCCGCAAGCUUUCCUUCACUGGAAGUGUUGGCACUGGACGAGCAAUUCUUAUCAGCGCUGCCAAGUCCAACCUCAAGAAAGUCACCCUUGAACUAGGUGGCAAAGGCCCGUCUAUCAUCUUUUCUGAUGCUGACUGGGAGAAUGCCCUUGCGUUCUCAACCUUUGGCAUCACAGCGCACAAUGGACAGAUCUGCGCUGCUGGAAGUCGUAUCUACGUCCAGGAGGAUAUUUACGAUCGCUUCGUGACUGAGUUCUCGCAGCGAACCAGGGAUGCAGUAAUGGGAGAUCCUCUCUUGCCGGAGACUGUAAAGGGACCUAUCAUUAGUUCUACCCAGAAGGACAGAGUCUUGGCCUACCUGUCAAAAGCCAAAGACGAAGGCACAGAAGUGCUGCAUGGCGGCGCCGACAAGACCGAUUCCAGCUCCAAGGGACAUUUCGUGCCCAACACGGCAUACGUCAACGUCUCACCUUCAGCAAGCAUCAUGCGCGAAGAGGUGUUCGGCCCUGUCGCGAGCAUCGCCAAGUUCAAGACGGAGCAGGAAGUCAUUGAGCUAGCCAACGAUACGGAAUACGGCCUGGCGGCUGCUGUGUUCACAAAUGAUAUCAGUAGAGCAAUUAGGGUGUCGGAACAAGUGGAGUGUGGUCUUGUGACGGUGAACUCAUGGGGUGCUGUUCAUGCGAAUACUCCGUUUGGAGGAGUCAAGCAGAGUGGGUUUGGAAGGGAGGGUGGACAGGAUGCAUUGCAUGAUUGGACGCAGGUUAAGUGUAUCAAGGUCAAUGUGCUGAAGGGGUAA